AUGACAACGGCAACUGAUCAGAACAAUAUGAACAACCAUGCAUACAGUUCCAGGAUAUACCAAGGUAUAGACUCCUCUGAUACAUUUUUAUCAAGAGAAUUACCCUCCACAGCGGAAAUGGACUCGUCGUCCGCAACCCUACCAACACAGCCACAGCAACAACAACAACAACAACAACAACAAUACCAUCAAAAUUCUCUGAAUACAGUCAGAAAAACAAUGUCAACCAUGGAGACACUCGGUAUUCGUCUACCGCCUCCGGGAUUUCGUGCAGAUACUACAUCUGCACCGACAACAAAUCCGCAACAUCAGCCACAGCAAUGGCGACACGACCCAGUGCCGAAUGUGCACAUAACGCCUCCGAACACGACCUAUCCGCAAUCCUAUGAACAGCCCUACGCGUCUCUAAACGCAGGCUACGCACAGUUCCAAGCGGGUAAUGACCAUUUUGACGAAUGCGGAUUAUCGUAUACACCUACCUUGAGUGGUCACGAUGGCGAUAAUACUCAAUUGUUAUCCAAUUAUUAUCAUAAUCCAUACACAAACGUCGUCCCCUGUCAGGAUGAGCAUUAUCAUUAUCCGGGUAUGCCGGGUUCGUCGUCUUCGUUUAUGAUGAUGAGAUAUCCCGAUUAUCAAGAUGCAGAAGGGUUGUAUCCUUUUGAUCCUUAUAAUAAUCAUAAUAUGAUGCAGCAGUACUCUUCUGCUUCUUCGUCUUCUUUGACCUCGUCGUCGGAGAUCCAUCCGACGAUGAUACGACCGUUGUCGUCUACGGCCGAAGGGAUGAGUUUGCCGGGGUAUUCGCUGACUUCGUACUGUGAUCAAGCUUAUAAUCAUGCUGGAUUGGAAGGGGUGUUUGUGCCGAAUUCGAAUCCAUCGGUAGCGAGCGUGCCUUCGCUGCAUAUGCCUACGUACGACACGACAAAGUCUUAUGAGUCGCGGCAGACUCAUUUGAAUAAGAGGAUGGCAACUGAGGAUCCAUCUCCGGGGUCGCCGCAUGUAUCCAAAAGACCGAGGAUGACUUUGACUCCUUCGCUCAAGACUUCGUCAGGGGGUAUUCAGAAACCCGUUCAUCAGCCCUCGCGGAGCGAGGCAUUGGCAAAACUGAAUACCCCAUCGGCAAAUACACCCAUCUCCAGACCGGCACAAUCACCACAUCAUUAUCAACAGCUCGCGCCACCAUUCUUACUCCCCUCAAAUGCAGAUAGUAGCGGCGUACCCAUGAAACCACUCCACUCCUCAUCGCGAAGAACAGCCUCAUCCUCCUCCACCGAAUCCCACCACAAACAGGCCGAGAAUAACAACAACAGAAAACUAUCCUACACCAACUCCUCCAAACCACCCGAUCUCCUCGGUCCCCUUUUCGAAGAACAAGAAUCCCCACCACUCAAAGACAUGACCCCCGACGACCCCGAAAUGAUCCCGCACAAACAAAACCUCCGCUUCGAAAACGACCUAUACACCCCUCGCUGGGUGCGCGGCCAUGGAAAUAAGCGUGAAGGUUGGUGCGGAAUCUGUAAACCGGGGCGAUGGCUUGUACUUAAGAAUUCUGCUUUUUGGUACGAUAAGAGUUUUUCGCAUGGGGUUAGUGCUGUGACGGGCAGGGCGUUUGAGGGGCCGAAAUCGAUUAGGAGGAUUAAGAGAAUUAAGAAUAACCCAGAUAGCAGGACCAAUAGUUGGCCCGCCGGUGGAGGAGGGGAAGGCAGUGAGAAUAGAGGGAUUGUCUCGACUAGUCGACUGGGGGGCAAGACGACUACGACUUGGGAGGGGUUGUGUGGGAGUUGCAAUGAGUGGAUUGCGUUGGUUAGUAGUAAGAAGAAGGGGACUACGUGGUUUAGACAUGCAUAUAGGUGUCAGAGUCAGUUCAAAGCCAGGGAGAGGGAUAGUCGGAGUGCUCUGUCCUCACCGUUGCCAUCUACGAGUGGAUGA